CGGUGUCGCGUCCCGAUGGUUGAGGUCCGUAGCUGCUCACGUCCAGCCGGGAAAACGUGUGCUCUCCGCCCUCUUCUUACCCGGGCUUCUGGCUUUGACAGCCGCGCUGCGGACACGUGGAGGUGCAGGGUUUUCCUCGGGAGCCCCCGCAGCCUCGCUAGGGGACACCUCCGCAAGGAUGCCCUGCCCGAGGUGCCCUCGAGAGAGAAAACGGCGUCCGUCCCUCCUCGCCCCCCUCCGCCAUCCCCCAUGGUGUCUUCCUAGAAAGAGAAGGGUGCUUGUCGCACGCACGCUGCUCGGGGGGAGUUAUCGGGACUGCUGUAGGCUAGUCUCUGGAAAGUAAAUGAAACUACUUGUUCAUGGCUCCGUUUCCCAGCCAGCUCCUCCUCCAAGGGGUUUGCACUCUGAGCCUCUCGUGGUCCUGAUGAACCAUUUCGCUUUCCUCAAGUGUAUGACACUCAGAACUUCAGCAGCGGGAGAGAUCGAAAUGGCUUCCAGAGGAAAGACAGAGACAAGCAAAUUAAAGCAGAAUCUAGAAGAACAGUUGGAUAGACUAAUGCAGCAAUUACAAGAUCUGGAGGAGUGCAGAGAGGAACUCGAUACAGACGAGUAUGAAGAAACCAAAAAGGAAACUCUGGAGCAGCUAAGUGAAUUUAAUGAUUCCCUGAAGAAAAUCAUGUCUGGAAAUAUGACUCUGGUCGAUGAGCUAAGUGGAAUGCAGCUGGCUAUCCAGGCAGCUAUCAGCCAGGCCUUUAAAACCCCAGAGGUCAUCAGGUUAUUUGCAAAGAAACAACCAGGUCAGCUUCGGACAAGGUUAGCAGAGAUGGACAGAGAUCUCAUGGUAGGGAAGCUGGACAGAGGCCUGUACACACAACAGAAAGUGGAGAUACUAACAGCUCUCAGGAAACUUGGAGAGAAGCUGACUGCAGACGAUGAGGCCUUCCUGUCAGCAAAUGCAGGUGCUAUACUCAGCCAGUUUGAGAAAGUCUCCACAGACCUUGGCUCCGGAGACAAAGUUCUUGCAUUGGCAAGUUUCGAAGUUGAAAAAACAAAGAAAUGACAUGGUGUGGAGGCUUGGGACACUGAUCACAUUCUUACUGUAAAUGGCAUUUGUCUUCUAGGGGUUUUGAAUCAUUGCAAAGAAAUCAAGAGAUUCUUGAAAUGCACUGAUAACCUAAGAAAAGGUGACAGGAAAACAUACUUGUGGCUUCUGGUUAUACCCUUCAUCAUUGUGCUUUGUGUAGGGCCGCCCGCCUCAGUCAUCCCAGACUUGUUGGGAUGAGGGACCCGUUGGACCUUAUUCAUUAUGUCUUGUGUGUUUCUUUAGAGAGAACAGAAAACAGUUUCUCUGCCUGUUUUUAUUAAGCUU